UGCCACUGUUUCUAACUUUAUCACUGUGGCCAACUCACAUAUUUACUGUGAUUAUUUGUCAUUUGGGCUCCUCUUUGUAAACUUUCUUCGUUUUUUUAUUUUUUUAUUUUUUAUUAAUAGAUCAUUUAAUUUGAAAUCACUUUCUUAACAAAUUUGCUUUUUGAAGCAUGCGAAAUAAAUAUGAUGGAAAUACUUUACCUCUACAUUUUUGAAAUUAUUGGACGGUUACAAAAUUACAAAUUAAAAAAGAAAAUAAACAAUUUAAGAAAAGUGAACCAAGCAUAUGAUGACGUGGGAAGAUGGUAUUGGUUAACAGUAAAAGAAUACCGAGAGAGCGUUACACGUAAGGAAGCCGGCCGUCUAUUCCAAAGAAACAAAAAAAUAGAUCUCCGGCGUUGCGUUGAAGAGCCUUUCGUCUUUCUCAGAGAGCUACGAACUCAAAACCCAACAGCUGAUCAUCCAAACCCUCUGAAAAAAAAAAAAAAAAAAAACAAUGUCAACAGCUAAUUUUGUGAUAGUUUUGAUGUUAGGUUUGAUGUGCACAGCUUCGCAAUCGAUGCGGUUCGACCUCCAAUCGGGGACCACCAAAUGCAUAUCGGAGGAGAUUAAGAACAAUGCCAUGACUUUGGGCAAGUACAGUGUUGAUAAUCCUCAUGAUGGGUCUCCUAUUCCCGAAACCCACAAGCUCACUGUCAGGGUGAGUUCACCUCAGGGGAACAAUUAUCACUAUGCAGAUCACGUGGAUUCGGGUACUUUCGCAUUUACUGCGGCGGAAACUGGUGAUUAUACGACUUGCUUUUGGGCUCCUGACCACAAGCCUUCAACGACCGUGACUGUAGAUUUUGAUUGGAGAACGGGUGUGGCUGCUAAAGACUGGUCUAAAGUUGCCAAGAAAGGACAGAUCGAAGUAAUGGAACUUGAGUUGAAGAAGUUGUAUGACACUGUGGCAUCCAUCCAUGAUGAGAUGUUUUAUCUCCGUGAGAGGGAGGAAGAAAUGCAACAACUGAACAGGGCAACCAACUCCAAGAUGGCCACAUUUAGCUUCCUCUCCCUUGUAGUUUGCCUGUCGGUUGCUGGUUUGCAAUUGUGGCAUCUCAAGACAUUCUUUGAGAGGAAGAAGCUUCUGUAGUAGUUCCUCUCCCACGAUUUCUUUUGUACUUUUUUUCCACUUACAAAAUUUUUUUGUACCAGCAGUUGCUUGCUUACAAUUAAUUUAUAUCAAAUUUUGUAUUUUGAGGCCAAUUUAUUUAUUUAUUAUAGGCUGCAGUUUUCCA